GCACCUCCAAACACGGCCGUGUGAGUACAUGGUGCACUCCGCUGGGAGCAGAUGGACGAUCCCGAGGCCUUGCGCCGGGAGCUCCAGCGCCUGGAUGCCGAGCUUGCGGAGGCGACUCACACCUUGCAGCUGCAGCGAGCAGCUUUCGCCAAUCAGGUGGCGGAGCACGAUGAGAAGCGCAGCCUCAGGGCCAAGAAGGUCCAGCUGGCGCUACAGGAGCUGGAGGCGGAAAGGGGUCACAUGGACCAAUGCCACAAGGAGCUCGAGGAGGAGACGCAGGUGGCCAAAGAGCUGGAAGCCUUGUGUGAGCAGCUGGAGACCUCCUUGGAUCGCUCUAGAGCAGAGCGGGAGGAGGAGCUGGAGGCCUCGCUGGGCCGGGAGGAAGUUCUCCUGGCGGCGGAGGAGCAGCGCCUGAAGGAGGCGCUGGCCCAAAGAGCCGCGCUGGCCGGGCGCCGUGAUGCCAAGGAAGGCCGCAAGGCCAAGGCCCGGAGCGAGGCCGCGUUCCUGCGCCGAGCCGUGGAAGAGCUGGCCCAAGAGUCUGAGCACCAGGCGCAGGCUGUAGCCGCCCGAGCAGAGAGGCACCUCGAGGACACGGUGUUCCGUGCCUCCGCCAUGGCUGCAUCGACCAAGGCGCUGUCCAAGGUGCGCCGGCGGAACCGCGGCGCCUGGGAUGCUGAAGUGGCCUCCCUGCUGGAUGCCCUGCAGGAGGUGGAGGACCUCACGGCGCGGCUGCUGCAGCGCAGCCGCCGGGCGCCGGAGGCGGAGGUGGCAACCCUGCGGCACUCGGUGGGGGCCGAGCUGCGUACGGGCUUCGCCGCGGCCCUCGUGGCGAAGCGCCCGGCUUGACUCGGCUGGGGGAGCCGCCGAUUGCGAGCAAUGCGGGCG